GGGACACAACACUGCAGUCAUGCACGUACACCUACACAAAUACACCUACACAACUCAGAAGUGCUUGGAAGCGUAACUGUGCUACUCAGAUUACUUUUUUGGAGAGCCUGUCUUUUGUUCGUUUAGCUCGGAGAAAGCCUUUUAGUUUGUUUUUUAUUUCUUUUGUUUUUUAGUUGCUUUUUUCAGAGGCAGCAGCCAGGAGAUCCAACAUGACUUUAUCUGGAGUGUCGUUUUUUGCUCUGGGUUUAUCCUACGUCUUAACUGUUUAUGGCAGGUCGACAGGUCUCCAUCUGCGCAACAUGGACAGCUUCAUCCAGGCUGUGCAGCAGGUGGAAGAGUCCAACCCUGGUCUGUCCCCCCUGGCUCUGGUUCGGGCCCUGCGGAGGACCGCCGGCCACGACGAUGAGAUGACCAUUCAUUUCUUGGGUGCCUCGUAUAAUCUCACUGAUGCUGAGGUCCUAGAGACAGCCAUUCUCAAUGCCUCGUCCUUUAGCUUCUUUGACAAGGCCAUCCACCACAUUGUGACAGAUUACGGAGAGGAAAGAGGGGUGGUUCUGGCUCCAGAUGGCACCACGGUGGCUCUUGCACCCUUACUGCGAGGGAUCGAAGCAGGACUGAAAGCCAACAUGGAGGGGACACCAGCUGUUGGGCUCUUUCCUCUCACCUUAGGCAAGACGCUGGGCUUGUCCUUCCUCAGCCUACAGGACAUCCCGGCAUCUAAGCGCAUGGGGCCUAACGGGUGCUGGGACAGCGUGGACCACCCAAAGUUGUUCAAGCUGUCUUGGCCUGCUACACUGGCCACUGAUGCUGUCAUUCAUGGGGGCAUGGAUGGAGUUAUACUGGGCACAGACCUCAGCAACCUAACUGCAUCUGAACAGCUGCAGGCCCUCAGUGAAGUUUUGAAAGGAUACUAUAGUUUUACUCUUCAGGAGGGACAGGGUAUGGAUGAUAUAACCAGCCACAUUAGCCCGAGGCGAAGGGAGAUCUCUCGAGCCAUUCUGGAGCCACUCGAUCUUCACAGCCAGGUGAUGGAGACACUAACGCUAGUGUGGAAGUUGGAGAAGACACAAUGGAUAGCUCUGGACACUGGCUUGGGGAAGGCGGUGAAGGAUGGAUUACAGGCUUUUGUGCACAAGUACUGGGACUGCCCUCAAAUCAUCCCUCGUUGUCAGUGGGGGGCAAAAGCCUACCAGAGUACACCUAUCCCACUGUCUUUGCCUCUCAAGUUCCUCUACGUUCACCACACCUACGAGCCAUCCUCGCCCUGUUUAUCCUUCUCAAGGUGCUCUCGCGACAUGAGAGCCAUGCAGCGUUUCCAUCAGGAAGUUCGUAACUGGAGCGACAUAGGAUACAGCUUUGUGGUUGGCUCUGAUGGCUACGUCUAUGAAGGCAGAGGCUGGAACUACCUCGGCACACACACCAGGGGGCACAAUGCCAUUGGGUAUGGCGUGUCAAUCAUUGGUAACUACACUGCCACCCUGCCAUCCCGCCAUGCCAUCGAACUGCUGCGCCAUCGUCUGGUCCAAUGUGCGGUAGAUGGAGGAAGACUGGUUGCUAACUUCACGCUUUACGGCCACAGACAGAUGGUGAACUACACCUCCUGCCCUGGGGACGCCUUCUUUUCAGAAAUAAGAAGCUGGGAACACUUCCGGGAAACAGACUCUCCAGAAACAGAAGAAUAAAGAGAUUGGCCAACUGCAAUAAAUGUGAUUGUUUCUAACACCUGUCAGGUUCAUUUGUCUUCCACUGGCUGUAUUCACUGCCAGUUGCAUCUAGAACAGCUGUACCACACAGACACAGGUCUUUGUAUUUGACAAAUGUUUUGUAAUAUUAGUGUUGACAUAAACUGUGUAGUGAUUGCUUUACUACAUUAUUUUUUUGUAAAACAUAAGAGUAAAAGCAUAAAAACUAGCAAGUUGGGUUAAAGUGCACGCAGGAUGGUUUUGCCUUUCAUCACAGAGCCUGUCGUGUCUACUCACUGACAGGAAAGAGAGCAAGGCUUCAGUCCAAGCCAACAGUAAACAGAGCCCUUGAACUACACACACAAUAACAAAUGAAUCACUCACAUUUCAGUCAAGGUGCACAUACACAAAUAACAUAGCAGAGUGGCAAAAAUGUUCUGAUAUGUGGCACUAAACCAUGCAGGAAGUGGCUGCAACUCAUGAUUAUUUUCAUUAACAAUUAAUAGGCAGAUAAUAUUCUCAAUUAACUGCUUGAUCUGUAAAAUGUUUAUAUACAACAACCCAUGAGCCAACCAACCACCAGUGUUUUGCUGUAUUUUUUACACUUAAACAUGACCCCCUUUGUUCACAUACUGACACUAAAUGACCUGACCUGUGCUGCUGCACUCAAAUUACUGUUGACUUUGUAGAGUUCAUUGUACCAUGGGAAGAUGCAACAGAUGACAUGCUGGAAUAAAAAAAAUACACCAAAGAUA